AGAGCAUUUCGUUGGUGAAGUGAUUUUUGAAACUUCAACACAAUGUUUUCUUCUAUACUAUUAAUUAGUUUGGUCAUUACAUGUUCAGUAACCAAUCCUAUCACUCGAACGGAUAAUAUUGACAAAGAAAUCGGGCUCGACCUUUUCGAAGAAAAAUUUGAAAAUAACCCAUAUUCCAAUCCAGAAAGUUACAUCUUGGUUCCAGCUUUUAUUGUCAAGUCUUCACAAACUGAUGGCAAAACUCAUAUUUUAGUAAAAAGACAAUCCUCAGGUGAUAACAGUCGAGCAAACAGGAACGAAAUAGGAUUUUACAGAGGCCAAGCCUAUGUCGGAUAUCUCAAUAAUUAUGACUUCUUCCCAACAGUGGCAGUUUAGUAAUUUAAGUACACAAAUAAGACUGCUUUAUUAGAUUAAUUUACAAGAGUCUCUUAAGCUCCUACUGAUAUGUGAUUAUUUUUUCAAGUGGCACAUCAAUCUAAUCAGUUGGUAAAUAAACAACA